AUGAGUACCACUGAAUUCCACACCGACCAGCUAUCGGAUAACCACACCAGCCCGGCUCCGAGCAACGCGGGCUCGACGGGGACUUCGGGCAUUACGGUGCGCAAUGGUCCACAAGGCCAACCGCUGAGUUUCAGAAGACAACGUGCAUCACGCGCGUGCGAGACAUGUCAUGCUCGCAAGGUUCGAUGUGACGCAGCCAGUCUCGGGGUGCCUUGCACCAAUUGUGUCGCUUUCUCCAUCGAGUGCAAGAUCCCGUCUCCGAAACGAAAGAAGAACAAUCAAAACAAGAACAAGGAAGAUACUCGGUAUGAUGACAGUCCACCGCAAACUGCCUCCUCGAUCGUCGACGCUGCAGUUGCCCAUUUCCGACCCACGAGCACCGAGGCAGCGGAUGCCGCAUCUGGCUCGGUCUCUGCGUCCAGGGAAAAGGACAAAAAUUCGGACUCGGAUGAAAAGAGCAAUGCCUUUGGAUACCGGAACAACCUCAUGGGCGUCGACGGCAUGCCUAAUACUUCCCUUUCCGAGGCUGAGGCCGCCCAGCAAGCUUCAGCCAACAACGCCUAUGCCCAAUUCAUGAAGCCGAAGUUUGCUCGUGCUCCGAUAAAAGAGGCCGGCCGAGUGGCGUACUUGGGCGAGUCGUCGAAUCUGUCUCUCCUGGUUCAAGACCGCCAUGGAACAGCAGAUGUCGUGCACUACCCACUCCCACCGAAUGUUAGAGGAUCCCGCGCCCGAUUGACGGACCUAGACAAUUUGGAAAUUGAUAUCUUGCACCAGCGGGGGGCGUUCCUGCUCCCGCCCAAACCGCUGUGUGAUGAAUUGGUCGACGCCUAUUUCAAAUGGGUGGCUCCCGUCGUGCCGAUUAUCAACAAGAGCCGCUUCAUGCGUCACUACCGUGACCCCAAAAACCCGCCAUCGUUGCUACUGCUGCAGGCGAUUCUGCUGGCAGGAUCGAGAGUCUGCACUAACCAGCAGCUUAUGGAUGCGAAUGGCUCGACAACCCCUGCGGCUAUGACCUUUUAUAAGCGUGCUAAGGCGCUUUAUGAUGCUAACUAUGAGGAUGACCGUGUCACAAUCGUGCAGGCGUUAGUGCUUUUGGGUUGGUACUGGGAGGGACCGGAAGACGUCACCAAGAACGUCUUCUACUGGACACGGGUCGCUAUGGUGGUAGCGCAGGGCUCUGGAAUGCACCGCAGCGUCGAAAUGUCCCAACUUAACAAACCAGACAAAAGACUCUGGAAAAGAAUCUGGUGGACCUUGUUCACCCGGGAUCGCUCUGUCGCUGUUGCACUGGGACGGCCCAUUGGGAUCAAUACAGAUGACUCAGAUGUAGAGAUGGUGACGGAAGACGAUUUCAUCGAGGAUGAGCUCGACAUUGUCGCCGAAUACCCAGCAGACCCUGUCCAUGUCCAGUUCUUCCUGCAGUAUGUCAAGCUGUGCGAGAUCAUGGGCUUGGUUCUGUCCCAGCAGUACUCUGUGGCUUCAAAGUCACGGCGAAUGAAUGCAAUGGAUCUCACCCACUCGGAUAUGGCCCUCGCCGAUUGGCUGCAGAACUGCCCCAAAGAAGUAUGCUGGCAACGCUCUCGGCAUCAUUUCUGGGCGGCUCUCUUGCACUCAAAUUACUACACCACGCUCUGUCUUCUCCACAGGGCUCACAUGCCGCCUGCCUCAUCCGCACCCAAUAACUACAGGGUCGAAGAAAUGGCUUAUCCAUCGCGAACAAUUGCCUUCCAAGCUGCAGGCAUGAUUACCUCUAUUGUUGAGAACCUACAGGCGCACGGGGAGAUCCGGUACACUCCUGCUUUCAUUGUCUACAGUCUAUUCUCCGCCUUGAUCAUGCACGUUUACCAAAUGCGUUCCUCGGUUCCUUCAAUUGUGGCCACCUGCCAGGAAAGAAUCAAUGUUUGCAUGCUAGCCCUCAAGGAUGUAUCAAAGGUCUGGCUGGUAGCGAAGAUGGUGAACACGCUAUUCGAGUCUAUCCUCGGAAACAAAGUGUUGGAAGAACGACUCCAGAAGGCUGCAGGCCGGAGACAUCAGCGCACGCGCCACGGAGAAUCAUCUUCCUCAAAGAGGCAUGACCCCCCGAAGCGCAAAUUUGAUGACAUGGAUAUCGGCAUGCCAAAUGGUGGCGGGCCUACACCCCCUGUCUCAUACGAGCGCUCCCGGCCCCAGACACCUGCUGUCACACCCUCCCGGGAAUUGAACCAACCCCUUCCCGGCCAACAAUCACCAAACGCUCACCGCGGUCCUCACGAUCCAAUGACUGGCACGGUAACCCGCACCUCUCCCAACCUCUCCCCCUCCCUCUGGGAGAACUUCCAGCCCGACCAGCUCUUCCCAGACGGUACCGCCUUCUUCCCGGAGUUGACAUCGCCACCCCAGCCCGCCGCAGUCGACCCGUCCCUCCAGAUCCCAUCACAGAUGCCCCCGGGAAUGGCUUCGCGCCCUAGUCCUAUGAUGAGCAAUCAGCCGCAGCCCGUCUCCGGCCGUAGCAUGUCUAUCUCCCACGGUAGCCCGCCGAUAAUGUCAGGACUGCCGGGCGCAAUGGGGAUGCAUCCUAACCCGCCACAGCAGAUGUUUGGCAUGGAGGGCCAGCAUCAGCAAGCCUGGCCACCCAUGCACGGUCUCGAUGGCACUAUGAGUGGAGCCGCGAUGGACGCUGCUAGCCAGGACAAUGAUACCUGGAGUAGUAGUUCUCGUAGCGGGCCGACAGCGCCAACGACGUUGAAUGUCGAGGACUGGUUCCAAUUCUUCGGCAUCAACGGCGGUUUCGGGGAUCUGGCGGCAUAA